CAGCCAAUCAGAAGACACCGCAGCAAAUAUGAAAUUAGUUUGUUAUUUGAAAUUUAUUCUGUUAUCUUGAGGAAGUCGGUUUGGCGACAUGGAAUGGGAACUGAGUAAAGAGAAUGUUUUACCACGGAAAAAUGGUCGAACAGUUUCACAGCUCGUCUCAGCUUUACAACCCAAAGGAGAUCAUGCUAGCCAGACUCGUGCUACGAAGCAGCAAUUUGAAGAAGAAUUAAGAACAUACCAGGGUAAUGACCCCUUAGAUAUUUGGUUCAGGUAUAUCACAUGGAUGGAAGAAACCAACCCACAAGGUGGGAAGGAUCUUCCCUCUCUGCUCAGAAGCUGCUUGUUAACAUUUUCUGAAGUGGACAGAUACAAGAAUGAUCCAAGAUAUGUUGAAAUCUGGGUGAAAUUUGCCAAUCUAUAUGACAAUCCAAUAUUGUUGUAUGAACAUAUGUUUGGUAAAGGGAUUGGUUCUCAGAAUGCAAUGUUUUAUGAAUCCUGGGCCAGUGCGUAUGAACUCCUAGGAAAUAGCAAAAAAGCAGAUGCCAUCUUCAGUGAAGGUGUAAGAAUGAAAGCAGAGCCCUUCAAUUACUUACAAAGACGACACUAUGAAUUUCAAAGUCGUACAUUUAUUGGCAUGAUGAAAACGGCUUCCCUGACUGAUAAGGACUCUGUGGAUACUAUUGAGGCUGAAGGCAGAGCUGCUUUUAUGAGUUUGAAGACCAAUGGGAAGAAAACUUCAGCAAUUAGGCCCCAUGGUCCUCAACCUGCUAAAACUGAUGUCAGAGUUCCUCUUCUUGGAAAAAGCCAGCAACUACAAUCCAAAUUUGAAAUACAUACCGAUGAAAACAAUCCUCCAAGUGACGGCUUACCCCAGUGCAAUGAAUAUGAAAGCAUCCCUUUUAAGACAAAAGUCAAUCGGGAGAAUUGUAGAAAUCCAGGACCUUGGCCACAAAAUAAGAUGACACCAAAAAAAUCACUUUCAGUAAUCAAGACAGCCCCAUUUGUUGUGCAAAAUGAUGACACCGGAUGUUUAGCGACCCCAAAACAUGUACCUGAAAUAGAUAGUAAAGCAUUAAGUGUUCAGAAAACCAAAAAAGAGCCUGUUACACCAAUGGAUGUAAUUAAUGCAGCAGCCAGUGGAAUUAAACAAUUACCUAUGUACUGUAAAGAGAAGGUGUAUGCUGGAGUUGAGGAGUUUUCCUUCGAAGAAAUUCGAGCUCUGCGCUGGAAACGGAGGCAUGAAGAAAAAAUGUAUCUUUCUCUUGUUGAAAAGAAUAAAAAAUUGAAAGAGGAGCAGCAGAAGAUCUUGUUAAGAAACGAAGAACUGCUGAUUCAACACCAGGUUUUGCAGAAAUCAUUGGACGAAAAUGUGGAAAUGAAACCAGUGGAACCACAAGAACACAGUUUGAAGGAUGUAAGCUCACGUGACUUGACACUGAACGGCAGCCUAAAUCGAUCUGGGCAGCAUACGACCAGCAAUUCGAAAACUCCAGAACCUUUGCAAAAUACUAGUCAGACAGGAUUUAAUUCCAGUUUCCAAAAUAAAGAAGGCCCAAAGUCAACAUAUGCACCAUCUACAACACUGAACACUAUGGAAGCCCUGGAAGUUGUGAGAGGAUUUUAUUGUGAUUCCAUCAAUCUUGGCAAAGAUACUACAAUUGACAGAGACCAGGAUGCUGAUUAUGCAGGAGAGUCUGAACCAGUAUACCAGGAGCCAGUGCUUAAAACAGCCCCUUUUGUCAUUUGUGAGGAUGAACAGGAACCUGACCCUCCAGCACCUGUGAAAAAUGUCAACAAUGUUUUUAUAAGCCCAUCAUCAAAUUCAAACUUCAAAGAUGGAAUCAGCACAGGAAGUAAAGAUAAAGGAAAAAACGCUGAAAAGGAUGUAAAAUUUCAUUUAACAAUGCCAGAUGUGAAUGAAAUUACUCUGGGUUUUGGUAACGAAUGGUCUUCAACCUUCCAAAAACCUGUGAACCCAGCACCUCAACCGAACACUGAGCCAACAUUUCAGAUUUAUGAAGACGAUCCGCAGACCUGUCCUAUAAAUCAAGUGCUUUGCAAAAACAUGGUGUCCACACCGUUUCAUCCAUCAACAAAUGUCUUCUCUCUGCCUGACAUGUCCAACAUCAGUUUGAUCAAUGGCACUGCAUGUAUCACUACAGAAAAUACAAUUAUGAUAGAGAGACCGACUGAAAACAUGUACAGAACUGCUGAAAACACGAACAGAACUACUGCAAUGAGCCCAAUCAAAGAAAGAAGCAAUGAAGGAACACAUUCUAGUCUGGAGAACCGUACAGCUGAUCCGAGUCAUCAUACCAACAGCCACUUCAGUCAAGUAUCUUCCAAGCAACUUCUUAUUGCUGAUCCAUUCUGCAAAGAGCACCAGAAGAAAGUUCUUGCCAACCUUUCUGAACCAUUAGAGUAUCAUGACUCCUACCAUUGCUUAAAUGAAGACCUGCCAAUUUUGCGAACAAAUUUUCAAGUUACAAUUGGAUUGUGGAGAGGAGUUAUAGAAAAACAGGUAGCCAAAGGUGGAAAUGGACAGAUAUACAAGCUGUGUACCGAGUGCACCUUGGCUAUUGACAGUGGAAUGUUUGAUGUGGCACUUAAGGUAAUGAAAUUUAGCAACUUUUGGGAGUUUUACAUUUGCGAUGAAAUUCAGGAACGGCUGAAGAAAUUCCCAAAUGCUUCAAAAAUGUCUCCCUGUUAUCCAGUCAUCAAAGAUGCCUACUUUUACAACAACGGCAGCAUUUUAAUAACUCCCUUCUACAAGUAUGGGACAUUGUUGGAUUUUGUAAACAAGAAACAAGCAGAAUUGUGCAACAGCAGUACUUGUGAGGCGUUGGCUGUUUACUUUCUCAUUGAAUUGUUAACUAUUGUUGAUCGUCUACACAAGUGUAAAAUAAUACAUGGAGACAUCAAACCAGACAACAUUGUCAUCAAACUCAGGAAGAAAAUAUCACCUGAUCUGAAGGUUCCAAUGCUAUUGACAUUAAUUGAUUUUGGUGAAGCAAUUGACAUGUCAACUUACCCAGAGGGAACUGUGUUUCAGGGCAAAGUUAUGACGUCUGGCUUUCAAUGUAUUGAAAUGAAAACUGACAAACCUUGGUCUUAUCAGACAGAUCUGUUUGGCAUUCUUGGAACGAUACACACUGUUCUCUUUGGCAAAUACAUGAAUGUUUUCUAUUCUCAAGGAAAAUGGCUACUCACCUCCAACUUUCAGCGGAAAUGGAAUAUUCCAUUAUGGAAACAGCUUUUCCAUGACUUACUCAAUAUUCCAUCAGCAGACCAGUUACCGAAUCUGAUUGAACUUCGUGAUCAGUUUAUUGAAUAUUUUAAUUCUUCUUUAGUGGCCCAGUUUAAGAUGGCCAUGUACACGGAUAUGCAAUAAGCUGGUGUAGACAAUGACCCUCUGGACAGUCUUUUAAUGCUUAAACCAUUGUGUAUUUUGUGUGUGUGUGUGUGUGUGUGUGUGUGUACUGUGAAAGUAAACUGUGUGUAUGUGUGUGAAAUGUCUUGUUAAAGCAAUGCAGUAAUGAGAUAUGUUUAAUAAAUUUGAAUCCAAGUCCAUCUGCAAUUUCUACUGUGUACUUUUAUUUUUUUAUUUUUAAAUAUACAUUCACAAAUAUACAACUAUACACAAAUACAUAUUGAUCAAAAUACCAAAUUUCCUGUGUCAUAGAAAUUUUUUUGAAUGUUCUACUCCAGCAAAAAAAUAUUAAUCUAUUUCCCCAGUGUUGUAUGCAACAUUAUAUUUUCUGUUAAUUGUGUAUUGAUAUUGGGAUGGAAUAAGAGAUGAGUUGGUUGAAGCUGCAGAACAAAUUGCUUUAUGUUCUGAGUUCCAAUCUCAUGGCUUUUUUAAAAUUUAAUUCUUUUAUUUUUAUUCUUUCGUAUGUUGAUAAAAUAAAUACUAAUCAAAGUCCUGAGGACCAAUUUAGUCAUCUCUUCCACGAGAUAUGUGACUAUAUGCCAGUGUAAGGAAUGAAGUGGAUUGGCAGAAAUAAGAGUUAGUUGAAACAAAUGCCUUGUAUUUUAUUUCACUCAUCAAGGGAUCUCAAACUGUGAUGUAUUUCACUACAUCCACACUAGGAAUCAUUUAGCUUUGAUAAGUCUUUAAUUUCAUGUUGUGCAUCUCUGUUGGGGUGUGAAAAUUUCCAAAAUACAAUAUAUCUGAUAUAGCUUAACUACAAUGACAGUGAUCCGCAAAACUAACCCUGUGUUGAGAUGGGAGAAAGUUCUCCAUAAAUCCCUGAAUUAGGGCAUGGAAACUUCCAAAAUGCAAUAUCUCAUAUAGCUUAACUAUGAUAGUAAUGACCUGCAAAAUGAAUCCUGCAAUGUGAUAGAAGAAAGGUCUCCAUAAAUAGACCUUCCAAAAUACAAUAUAUCUUAUAUAGCUUGACUACGAUGGCAGUGAUCUGCUAAACAAACCCUGCAAUGAGAUGGGAGAAAGGCCUCCAUAAAUCUCUGGUUUUGUGCACAUGCCAUGAGAUAUUUUGAAGUUGGUGAUUUCAAAUACUUUGCAUCUUAUGUUGCUGACAGUAAAAAAGUCUUUCUGACAUAAAAGGUACAAACUUUGAGUACUUGUAACAAGUUCCAAAGCCUCUGGUAUUUAAGUAUUUCAAAGUCAACAAGGCUGGCCUUUGUCAAAGCAUGUAGGGAACCUUUUCUGGAAGAUGAAGGUGAUACUUUUCAGUAUAUUUAUCUGUGUCUCUUCACAUCUUGUGUUUAAAUCCUUACUGGCUUUGUUUUUCAUUCCUCUGUGGCUAAAUAGGCAUCAGUCAAAUAUUUGGGUCAAUUUGAUUGACAACCCUCUCCCUCACUACUCCUUACCCACUAUAUACUAAAGUGACAGAUAUAUACAGAAAAUAGUAAAAUUUUUCUCUUUGUGUUUCAUCUACUUAGUGUUGAUUAUAUAACUGUCAGUUUUGUUCAGGUGCAGGGGUCAAUUUGUAAUCAACUACACUAUCCUUUUCUGAAUUUGACCGCUGUGCUAUGCAUUAAGAAAUCCAUUUCAACUACAGGGAGAACAUUGAGUUUCCAGAACUUUUGGUUCCAAAUCUUUUCGUAAUUAGAGGUGACCAUCCUGUGUCACCUCUAAAUAAAUUAAAUCUGGGUAGAUGUACAUUAGUAUAAAUGAUACAAAUUUAUUAAUACUGCUCUGUGAAACAGCUACUCAGUAAACAAGUAUGAUGGCUAUGAGAAUUUGAAUUUCCUGCUUGUAAAUUAGUGCAGAUUAUAAGAGUUUCUGGACCAUAAAUCUCCAGAAAUUUGGUGCACCUCUAUGUAAAAUAAGAGUAUAUAUAUAUGAGCUGAAAAGUUCUUGGCUUUGGGUAAAAGAAAAUAUAGGAGGAUCAGUUAAUUAUUAUUUUAUUCAACAUAUUCCUCUCUCAGAUUCACGUACAUAUUGCAGCAGUCUUUCAAUUUUUCUAAGCUCUGUAGGUUUGGCCUUUCGUGAUACCCUCAAUAUCAGGAACUUUAUAGUACCCCCUCGUAUGCGUGUAUAUAUAUAUAUAUAGAUAUAUAGAUAGAUAACAAUUUAGCUAGGUGUUAAAUAAUCAACUAAGGGAUAUUAAAUAUCCGAAGAAUUUACUGAUUUUUAUUACCUAUAUCAAUAUAUGAAUGUGUGUAUUAUACAACAAAAUCGGUUAUAGAACUAGAUUCUGAUAGAUUUAAAUUUAGGAAUUUACGUAAUUUCAGUUAGAUUAUUUAUUUAUGAUUACGCUCGCUCUCAAAAAGCGUUUUUUUAAAAAGUGUUAGCAAUUAUAAAAAAGUUUCAACUGUUAUUUUUUGUGAAAUAUUUAAAAAGAUGUCCUUGUACUUAAAUGGGAUUUUAUUAUUCUUGAAAAAUUUGGUUUUAUUAAUGAAGUGGAAACAGCUGUAAUUUAUGAGAUAUGUCAUUUGUUUUCUAUAAAAUGAUGAAAUUGAAUCGAAUUUAUCAUUUAAUGAUUAAAUUAUUUAAUUGUUCAAUUUAUUGUUUUGGUUUCCAUUUCUAAUUUAUAUUUAUAUCAAUAGAUAGACAUGUGAGAGAAAGAGAGACAGCAUUGUAGUAGAUAAUUCUUUUUACUUGUGAGUUCUGAUGUCUUUGUAUAAAUGUCAUGUAAUAUUUUCUUACUUGUUUAUAUAUCCUAAACAUUGUGUACAUAGUCCAAAACGGGUGUUGCCCAAAUAUACUCACAGCUAGAUAGCUGCAGACAGCUGUAAUCAAACGACUAAUAAAAAAACCAUGAAUUGGGGCAUUUAUCAUCUUUUGAA